UCUUUGAUCAUGAAUGAACGAUUUUGUAGUAAAGUGAUACUUUGUAUUAUUUUAUUUUAAAAUAAUGUACGUGCCUUAUAUCGCUGACUUUAAAAGGAAGAUUGAUACCCGAUUAAAUUGUGUAUAAAACUGUUGUGAUGAAAAGUUGUUAGUGCUAGAACAAAAUGAGAAAUAUAAUAGUAUUCGCGUUGUUGAUAUUGCCGCAUAAACUACUUGCCGAAGUCGGGGAAACGGAUCUCAACGAUUUGUCGGAACAGCAGAAUUCCGUUUUAAUAAACAAAUGUUGUGAACAUGACCAGAUCGUAGUGAAUUCUGUGUGCAGAUUAGCCAAAGAUUACAAUCAAACUGUAUGGACACCGCAAUUUAAAACGGAAGAUGGAAAAAAAGCACAAGUCAAAUACUCCCGAUACAUCCAUGGCUACCCGGACUGCGAAACAACACAACACCGAGCUAUAUUCUACUUCAACAGUUUAAAAAAAUCUGAAGAUGAAUUAAUCUUAUUGCCAGAUGGCCGUCUCUUGCACAUCAUCCACCAUGAACCAAGUGCUGACAGUGUGAAGGAAGACCCAUUGAUGAGGUUACAGGGGAGCAUUGUUAUUCCCAGCGAACAGCAACAAGCCUCUUACACUUAUGUACAAAACAAAUACUGCAUGGAUAAGAUACUCAUGGCAAACUCUACAAAUACUGGAGAAUAUGCUUUAAUAUGCAUACCGGAUGUUAAAAACUGGACUGAUGUGGACUUCAUAAUCAAGAAGAUAGUCAAUCCAUUAUUCCAUGCCGUCUCUAUGACCCUGUACCUAAUCGUGGCCAUCAUAUACUUUGUACUUCCAACGCUGAGAGAUUUAGCGGGGAAUAUUAUAACAACGAUAAAUAUGUGCCUUAUAGUUAGCCAAGCUGCGGACAUGGUCAGGAUAUUUACUGAAUUUAGCAAUCAUAUCAGCUUCAUGGUCACUGAUAUUCUUUUAUAUAUCAGUCUGUUGGGCGCAUUCUUUUGGCUAAACAGCUUUGGAUUCUACAUCUGGAAGACUUUCAAAUCCCGAAACGUAUUCCUCCGAGUGACGGACGUCCGGAAAUACUGUUACUACUCAUCAGUAGUAUGGUCAAGCGUGGUGCUGAUGGCAGUUAUGGCUAUCGGGGCACAUUUCUUGCUCGACACGGGGAACAAGCUCAACCAGUUCUCAUCUUCAGUUCUAGUGGAUGAUAAAGAACAAGAGACUAUCGGAUGGCUUGGGAUCGCUAUAUUCUUCACCCCGGUGGCAUUCACAAUAAUUUUCAACAUAAUAUUUUAUGUUACAACUCUCAAAGUUAUUAAAAGGAUAAAUAUCUACGGGAGGAUUCAUUACAAACUUAAAGGAUGUUUCGACCUAUUCCUCCAAAUGUUCCUCAUAAUGACCAUAGCCUGGCUCUUCCUGCUUCUAUCCUGGCUCAACUUCAACGGCCUACUCUACGCACACGUGUUCGUUAACCUGAUACAAGCCAUACUAAUAUUCUACGUGUGUGUGGUGAGGCAAGCUCAUGUCACCUUCUUGUUGAAGAAGAGUUGUUGCUACGCAGAGCCCGUGCCUACGGGGGAGUGGGGCGAUGAGAUGACGCAUAUGAAUGGUAAUUAUAAUUAUUGAAUCUCCAAAGUGUAACAGAAUCUGAGAAAAAUAGUGUAAAAUGACUAAAAAUCGGAGAAUGAAGGCGUUACUGCUGGUAGGUAAACAUUAUCAGUAUUUUAAUAGAAAUGUUAAUCUCAUAAUCUUAAAGUUUCUUAUUAAAACUUCCUUUCUGUUUCUUUCGUUUUUCAUAACGCUGUAAAAUCACUAAAUUCUUUCUACUAUACAAUACAAUAAUCAAAAUAGUUGCUUUGUUAAAUUUAAUUAAUCAACUUUUUUA